AUGGUAUCUUCCGAUAUCUGUAACCCCGACUUCGAACCACUCGCCAAUUGCAUCGCUCUGGUGCAUAUGAUCGGUAGCGGGAUCCAAGCGAGUCGAAGGUUGUUCUGGAAGAACGUACGGAUGGAAUGUGAACGGUUAUGCGAAGAGCACCUGAAGUUAAACAAGUGGGAACUGCUGGCUGCCAUGCAAGCCCUCUCUAUUUAUAUCAUCAUUCGAUUAGACGAAGGCGAGAUGGAGUACAAUAACUUUGAUUUACUGUUGCUUAAGACGAUCACAGCAAUGUCUAAGCAGCUCAGCGGCAGUGAGCUUACAAAGAAUGUAACAUUUGCGCUACACAACUCCGAUCCUAACAACAGCUGGAAGGAAUGGACCUUUGAGGAGUCAAGGCAAAGAUUAUGCGUAAUUUAUCGUGUCGUGAAUAUGCUAGUUUACUUUGAACCGGCAGCAAUGUGUGGUUUGCAGACGGACCUUAUUAUAGCACCCCUUCCCGCAAAGAAGCAGCUGUGGGAGGCAGGAAAUGAGCUUGUAUGGAAGGCAGAAAGUGAAAGAGAACCUGGGAUCCAAACUGCGUUUGGGCUGGCUGCCAACGGCGAUCUAGUCAAACUCGGGGAAGGUCAGUUGUAUUGUACUGAUGAAGUACUGACUCAGAAGCCAUUUACUACCAGAGGCUCGGCAAAUUGGGAGGAGUGGUGCUCGGGGAUGGAUGGCUUUGGCGGGCUUAUAAUGCUUGCUGCUUCUUUGAUCGGGUAGGUGCCAAUACAGCGAUCGACAGCUACUCCGUGAAGAACCUCCCAUAACCACUUCCUAGCGGCCAUGGGCAUUUUUCUACCGUUAGUAUUUGCUGUUAUGUCGCUUCAAACACGGUUUUCAUAGGGUUAAGAUACUGCAUACUAUGCAC